CUUGAGGGAGGAGAAGCAAGAGGGAAGGACCAAGAUCUGUUUAUCUUGUGAGGGUCCCCCGCCCAGACAUCUUCAUCCUCUUCGCCGAUCAAACUGUCACUGGUUUCCCACAAAGCUUUCUCUGAAUAUCAGACGACAAGAUGGAAUUGGCCGCGACGGAGUUGCCGUCGUCCCUGUCGUCCAAUCAGACAUCACAAAGCUGCGCCGUCGAGUCAGGAAUGGAGAACGUCCUAUUUGGGACCUUGUACAUCCUGGUCUUCCUUGUAGCACUGAAUGGCAACAGCCUGGCACUCUGGAUCUUCUCCCACCAGCGCGGGACGUCCUCCCCCGCCAACAUCUUUCUGACCCACCUAGCCGUGGCUGACCUGUCCUACGUGAUCAUCCUUCCCCUGAGGGCCACAUACCACCUCACCGGGGGCCACUGGCCCUUUGGUGAAGUGCCAUGCCGGUUGGCUGGCUUCCUGUUUUACGUCAACAUGUACGCCAGCUUGUACUUCCUGGCGUGUGUCGCGGGAGACCGCUACCUGGCAGUCGUCCACGCAGUCCGGUCGCUGAAGAUGCGGCGUACUCGCUAUGCCCACAUCAUCAGUUUCAGUUUGUGGGUGCUGGUCACAGUCUCCAUGGCACCCUUACUGGUGACCCACCAGACACGGGAGGUGGACGGCACAACAGUGUGCUUGCAGCUCUACCGAGAGAAAGCGUCUUACAAGGCGCUGAUUUCUCUCGCCGUCGCAUUUACGCCGCCCUUCAUGGCCACGCUGGCAUUUUACCUGCUUAUCAUCCGUAGCUUGCACCGGGGGUCCCGGCUGGAGCCCACCCUCAAAUUGAGGGCCCUGCGCACCAUCGGCCUUGUCAUGCUUAUCUACGUGGUGUGCUUCCUACCUUACCACGCCAGUCGGGCCACCUUCAUCCUGGGCCACGGCCAUCCAGAUGCGUCGUGUCAGACGCGCCGAGGCCUGAGCCUGGCCAACCGCCUCACAUCGCUCCUGACGUGCCUCAACGGCGCCAUGGACCCGCUCAUCUAUCUCUUCGGUGCAGAAAAGUUCCGUAGCACUUUGAUGCGACUGCUGUGCAAAGACAAGGCGGCGGGAGGAUCUGCGGCUACUAGUGGGGAAUUGAAAGGGACCCACGAGAGUUCUGUGAGCGCCAAGUCGGAGUUUUGAACUGGAUGUCAAUCUGCUAAAAGAAUCCAAAACAUUCUUCGCCUAAUCUUGCGGCCAUUUUAUAUAUGUGACUUCCAUGAGGUAAAACUCCCCCAAAAUAAAGUGAAAAGAUGUUUUACACAGAGAUUCUGAAGAGAAAAUAUUGUCAGAAAGCUCUUCAACAAUGCCCAUCAUCUUUUUUCUGUGUUAAAAGGUCAACAUAGAAUGUCGUAAAUGUAUAUUUUGUCGUGUUUCUUGUUGAACUACCUACCCGAGACAAAUUCCUUGUGUGUUUUACUAUAUUUGGUCAAUUAAAAGGGUUCUGAGAGCUUUUCAAAUACUGUACAAUAUAACAAAACAUGAACAAUAAUCAAAGCAGGCUACAACCAUUUUAGCAUCUAGCUCAAAGUUUGGUUGAGUCCCAGUACAAAAAGACUAAAAAAGGAAAAAAACAACAAAAAACACCUCCUAAUUGAGCAUUUUCACAUAUCAAUAUACAAUAUUUCAUCACAGUUUGAUACCAAUACCAUGUUUAUUUGUGGUUGACAAAUCAUCAUUGUAAAUAUGAUUAUUUUCUACUGUUAACCCAAUUUGUAUAGAUUGUCAGUAUUGGUGGGGGAAAUGUUUUGGGGCUUUUUGUGCCAGUUCCACUGAGAUUUUGUUUAGCUUUUUGACCUGUCAUUGCGCCACACAGCAGCAAACACAGACUGGCCAAUCAGAGUGUCGGGCAGAACAAAUGCCACUGAAUUCAAAAUGGGUACAAAACUGGGAUGCAUUUUCCUUAAAAUACUAUAUGAAACAAUUUUCUUCUUAAAAUAUACAAAUUAUUUGCUGGAAUUAUGCUACUUUUUUGUUGAAAAUACAAAAAGAUUCCAUUGAAACGAUACAGCUUUUUUUCUUUAAAAUAUACAAAACGUGUGAUAUUUUUUUCCCUCAAAAAUCGUUUUUUCUUAAAAUGUUAUUUUUUUUCUUGAAAAGACAAAAUAGAAAAAUGUUGCAUCAUCUUUCUCCAAGGUACAAGGAUUUUUGUUUUACUUAAAAACAUACUUUUUUCUUCAAAUAUACAACUGAAAGAUAAACAAAUAUCCCUCAAAAAUACAUGAUUUUUUUCCUUUACACAAUGUAUUCUAAAAACUUUUAUCCUCCUAGGAUUACACAUGUAUUUUUGUAACAAUACAUCUUUUCCAUGAAAAAUAUCUAACUUUUCUCUCAACUGUACCACAUUUAUCUCAAAUACACGUACCUAACCCUCCAAAAAAUGUCUUAUCUCUCCAAAUUAUGGCAUUUUCUCAUCUAAAAUAAACUACAUGUUUUUCUCUCAUAUAUUUUUUUGGUAAAAAAUAUACAAUUUCCCUAACAUUCCAACAUUAAUCCCUUAGUGACAUUUUUUUCUCAUCAACAUGGCCCCACUUGUAUUAUUUGUAAAAUAACCAUACGCUAUUUUGAAUAUAUUAAGCCAACUGCUAUGGCUAAGGCCAGCUGUGCUAACAGAAUGACAUUUUUGUAGUCUUAUUGCUUUUGUGCUUUCAAAUGAUCCUAAAGAAAGUACUCGGAAU